CAGAUUUCUUACAGCUCUUGGCAUCUUUGACCAACGUCGUCAUCGCAACCAUCACCAACGCCAAUCUCAACAGAAAAUCGUGAUUCCUCUGAUUAGGCGUGUCACCCCAGCGCACACGGGCGCCACACAAAAAAAAAUUGUACCGUAAACUCUCAUGAUCAAAUAACUGCACAACCAUUGCCAUUAUCCGCACGACUGUCCUAGUCUUUCCGAUUGACCCGACGCAAAGGAGGUGGAAGAAAGCCACAAGAAGCAGCGGAGAAACCCCUGCUAAACCCCUACGAUGAAUCAAAUCCGCGCCAUCCAAGCCCUCAACAAGCGCGAAAUCGAAGCCGGCAUCCCGCCCGAAGCCUCUUGGCACGUUGACUACCGCGACACCGCCUUUGUCUACUUCGGCGGCUUACCCUACGACUUGUCGGAGGGCGAUGUGAUCACCAUCUUCAGCCAAUUUGGCGAGCCCGUCUUCCUAAAACUAGUGCGCGACAAGGAAACUGGCAAGUCCAAGGGUUUCGGCUGGUUGAAAUACGAGGACCAGCGCAGCACAGAUUUGGCCGUCGACAAUCUGGGCGGAGCGGAGAUUGGCGGGAGACUGAUCAGGGUCGACCAUGCCAGAUACAAGAUCAGGGAUGAUGAGGAUCCAGAGGAGGGGAGGAUUGGAUGGGAGGAUAUGAUGAGGAAGGAGAGGAGGGAGAAGGGGUUGGCGAGUGAGGUGGAUGAUACUGGAGACGAAGAGGAGGAUGACACAAAGCCGAGGAGGCCGUUGUUGAAGGAGGAAAAGGAGCUGCAGUUGCUGCUGGAAAAUCAUGACGAUGAUGAUCCUAUGAAAGAGUUUUUGAUUGAGGAAAAGAAGAAAGAGGUGGAGGAGGCGCUGAGAAGGGAGAAGAAGAGGGAGGAGAAGGAGAGGCACAAGUCUAGUCGGAGACACAGGCACGAACACGGAGACAAGGACCGGGACAGGGAGCGGGGUGGUCGCCAUCAACACCGAUCACACCGGUCUCCGAGGAGAGUUGAGGAUGUCGACAGCGACAUCAGAGGCCGCGACCGCAGCCACGAUGACCGCACCCGGAGUCGUGAUGACCGUCCUCGUUCUCGUGAUCGUCAUCCCGACAGGAAGAGACCAAGGUCCGAAAAAGAAGAAACCUCCCCUGCCAAAGAACAAAGAAGAAGACGCGAUGAUGCGGACGACGUGGAGAUGAAGGACGCAAAUUACGAGGAUAGGCAGUCGCGGCGAGAUUUCUCCAGGGACAAAGACCGACAUAGGAGAGAUAAGGAGAGAUAUCGGGACCGGGGCCGGGACCUGGACAAGGAAAGAGCCACAGAUAGGGACAGACACAACAGCGAAAGACAUGACCGCGAACGCGAUCUUACAAAUGACCGUGAGCGCCGUCGCCACCGCGAUUUGGGUCACAGGAGCGAACGCAAGAGCAGCAGAAGUAGGAGCAGGAGCCCAUCGCCGACGUCGAGAGGUUAGACGUAUAACUAGUUACUUAAGCUUGGUCGCCUAAAGUACGCUUCAUGUUUACCCCCAAACGAUCAUUCACAACUGUGAUGACUCGGUGAGUACAACCUGCUGUGUAUUGCCGUGUCUAGGACAAGCUUCUCUUCUUGUGAGGAUAGACUCUAGCAAGUACCGUCAAUGACUUUUGCUGGGGUUGUAGUUCUCGUUAACGGAGUAGCACAAAUACAUCG